AUGAACAUAGUUAGCGAGCAAGAAGAUCAUAGAGCUACAAAGAAAGUAAAGAAUAGAGAAAGAAGAACGGAAGACAAUGAGGAUUCUCAGCAAACAGAUGGCAUGCAAACAGAAGAUGAUCUCCAAGAUGAUGAAGAUGCGGCUAUUGAACGUCCCAAGAGUCCUGGGAUGAUCUCAUAUGUUGCCAUGGCUGCUAGUGGAACGCUCAUGAACAAGAAUCCGCCUGUAAAGAUGCAUGAAGAAGAGAUAAUUUUUCAAGAAGGAGAUGUUACCAUGGAUAUUUUGGGAGAUUAUCCUAAAAUAAGUUUCUCUAACCGUAUCCAUGAUUUGAUUGAUAGAAACAUGAAGCAAGUUAUUAUCACAAGACUGUUGGGGAAGAAGAUAGGCUAUAAAGCACUAAUUAACAUGAUUCAUGCUUUAUGGAAACCAAUUGGAAAUUUUAACUUGAUCGAUCUAGAUAAUGACUACUUUUUAGUGAAAUUUGAAAAUCUUAAAGAUUACACGAGAGUGCUUACUGAUGGUCUUUGGAUGAUUUACGGAAGUUACCUGACAGUUCAACCAUGGUCAAGAAACUUCACCACCGCUGAAAAGCAUCCAUCUCAUGUAAUUGCUUGGCUGAGACUUCCUGGUUUACCCUUCAGGUAUUGCAAUACUGUUCUAAUUAGGACUAUUGUGAAUACGAUUGGAAGAGUCAUCAAAUUUGACUACAAUACAAAAGCUGGAGAAAGAGGCAAAUUUGCUAGAAUUGCAGUUGUGAUCGAUUUGAAUAAGCCCCUUAUUCCAUGCGUGGGAAUAUAUGAUUUUAUCCAAAAGAUCGAAUAUGAAGGUCUGCAACAAAUCUGUUUCAAAUGUGGUACCUAUGGGCAUGUGAAAGAAUCCUGCCAAACCAUUCAAGAAGAUAAACAGAUGGAAAGAACCAAUUCUGAAAAUGGUAUUAAAUAA